CGCCCUUCAUGAAGAUCGUUCCCGUCCCUGUCCGUCAAGACAACUACAGCUACCUCCUCAUUGAUGAGCCUUCGAAAACCGCUGCGGCCAUCGACCCAUACGAUGUCCGCAAGGUGGUGUCUGCAGCGGAGACUCUAGGCGUGAAGAUCGUCGCAGGAAUCACGACACAUCACCAUUUUGAUCACAGUGGAGGCAAUGAGACCUUUGCUGCGACCUUUCCAGAUGCUCCAAUAUAUGGUGGUAGUGAGAAGGUUCCCGCUCUGACGAAACUCGUCAAGGACAACGAUGAAUUCACGCUGAAAGAUAUUCAUGUCAAAUGCCUUGCUACCCCAUGCCACACUCAAGACUCUAUUUGCUACUAUGUAACCGAUACGGUUAACAAACUGCACCCUGGAGGUGUUUUCACGGGAGACACGCUUUUCAUUGGAGGCUGUGGUCGCUUUUUUGAAGGGACUGCAUCCGAGAUGAUAGCAGCUCUCUCAUACCUUGGCAAGCUUCCUGACAGCACGCUGGUUCUCAACGGUCAUGAAUAUACCAGUGGAAAUGUCGCCUUUGCCAAGUCCGUUGAGCCUGAGAAUCCGGCAAUUGACCGGCUUUCCGAUCUCGUAAAGCAGAACAAGAUAACGACUGGACUGACAACCAUAGGAGAUGAAAAAGAAUGGAAUGUAUUUAUGCGUCUGGGAAGCACUACUAUUCAACACGCAACAUCAGAAACUUCUGAGAGUGCAGUUAUGGCCAAACUUAGGGAAAUGAAGAACAACUUCCGAGGGUGAAGUGUAUACUGGGGUCACUACAAAGUAGCCCAUCACGACUGUAACAUAAUGAUUCAGCAUUUUUGAAAUGAGGCAACCUGUAUUAUCC